AUGACAGUCUUUUUUUUCUCUCUCUCUCUUUCUGGCUCGGUUUUCUCGUUUGUCAUAACAAAUUAUUCCCUUACGCUCACUAUCGAUGCUGUUUUGCUCUCUAUCUUCGUAACCUCCUCUCUGUCCUCUUUUACUAUCUCUAUCCCACUCUUAUUAAUUACCGUCUUUAUCUCGCUUUUCUUAUCCUUUUUCAUUUACUACUAUUCAUCAUAUGGUGUUACUCUUCUAUUCGUCUCUCCCUCUCUCUCUCCCUUUCUAAUAUCUAUUCAUGAUAGUGUUUUACUCUCUCCAUAUACUUCUCUCUGUUUGUCUCUCUUACCUUCUGCAACAAUUUUAGACACUAUCACUCUCUCUCUCUCUCCAGUUUUACUCUUUCAACCCACUUCUGUCUUUUUCUCGUCUUCCUGUGCUCUAUUAUAUAUUCAACAAUUUUACUCACUUUCACUCUCUCUAUUGUUUUACAGUUUCUACCCACUUCUCUCUGCUUCUCGUCUCCUUGUGCUUUAUUCUUUACCCAACAAUUUGACUCAUUUUCACCCUCUCUCUAUUUUUACUCUUUUUACCCACCUCUCUCUUCCUCUUUUUUUUUCUUUUAUCUAUUCUCUAUUCAACAAUUCUGCUCACUUUUACACUCUCUAUAGUUUCAGUCUUUCUACCUCUCUCUCUCUCUCUCCCUCUCGUUCUCUUGUGAUCUUUUUUAGUCUAUAUGCUUUUACUUUUUCUAUUCAUAUCUCUAUCGCAUUCCCUAUGCUUCCUUAUUCUCAUUUCUUUUCCUUCCUUUCACUCAUAGCUCCAUUUUUUUUACUCUCUCUCUCUCUCUUUCUCCAUCUUUGGUUCUUAUUCUCUAUCUUCUCUUUUCCUUCUCAUUCACUUAAUCCAAUCACAGUCCCAUCAACAUUUUAUUCUCUUUUUCGAAACAAGGAUUCCUUCGAUUUUUCCAUCUCUUCUCGUCCUUUCUCGCUAUUUCGCGUCUUCUCUCGCUUACUCUGUCCGCCAUAA